CGUCGCGUGGAGAGGCGACUCCAUCCCCUGUUUCUACCGUGCAACUCCGCCAAUAAUUUGCUUGCCCUCUCUCUUUCAUUCUCCACUCAACCACAAGGUUAUAAAAAAAGGUUAAAGGCUAUUGAAUUGGGUUUAAGUGACCUAGAGACCAGAGUAUGGCUUCAGAAACUGCUAUUCCAGACGGUGACGAGGGCAAUGCAGUCCAUAGGCAUUCCUCCAGCAAAAAGAAGCAGGGGAAACCUUCUAAAAGAAUUCAUAAAGCAGAGAGGGAGAAGAAGAAACGUGACCACAUGAACGUCCUAUUUGUAGAGCUCAGGAAAGCUAUUGAACCAGCUCAGCUGUCCAGUGGAAAGGCCUGCAUUGUGAAUGAUACCAUUCGACUGCUUAAGGAUCUACUUGCUCAGGUUUACAGUCUCAAAAAGGAUAAUGCUGCUCUUUUAUCCGAAUCUCAUUAUGUCGCUGUUGAGAAGAAUGAGCUCAUUGAAGAAAACUCCGCUCUCAAAUCUCAGGUGGAGAAGCUUCAGAGUGAGAUCACAGAGAGGACUCAAUCCCAGUCGUCAGUGAACUUAAAUAUUUGGCCUUCACAAAGCCCCAUUGCUGCUUCAGAACUGCAAGAAGAUAGUUUGAGACUGCCUUCCACUGAUCACCAACUACUAUCAUCUUCGGUUGUUGCUCCCAUCUUUGUUGUGCCUUUACAUCAUGAUUCUCCUAUUUACCACAAAGGAUCCCAAAAUGAUACAGCGGAAGAUUUUCAAUGCAAUGCUUCUCUCUCCAAUGUGAAGAAACCGCGUCCUCGCUAUCCAUCACCUUCAGAUUCAUGGCCAUCUCAAAUACUUGACGAACAGCUAAAUGGACGUGAGAUUACUCAGUAGUGAUAGUGUUAGCUCUGGCACCAGCGGCAGCUGAGAUCUGGAACUUAAUUAGUAGUGAGUAGCAUGUCUCAUUGUAAAUACUGAUGUUUCUUGAAUUCUAUGUCUGAGACGAUCUUUUUGUAAGUUGUAAGCCUGUCUGUAAUGGAUCUGAAUCUUAGUCUGCCAUAAUAGAUGUGUGGAAUGCCAUGUUUUGUGAGUAAAA